AGCGAUCACUCAGCGCGGCUGGCAGUCAGUCUCGUGUACGCGAUUCAAGUCGAAGGCAGCUUAGUUUGCGCUUUAGUUUAUUGUUUCUUCUGCUUUGUUGACAUUUGUGUCGGGUGUGGGGAAUAAUUCGAUGUGAAAGUAAAUUUUUUUGUUCGAAGUUUUCGAUUGUUUUUCUGAGCAUUUGCGAAAAUGAUUAUUUUUUGAACGAUUUUAGACGUUUAGUACUUUGAUUACUCUCCGAAAACUUUGGCUAAUCUGAACGCCUAAGCGGUUGCUGCAAAUCGAAAGUAUUUUGUUUUUAUGGUCGUUGUUCUUGUUUAUUGGGGAAUUUAGACGCGCGUCAAAGCAAAAAUAAUAAUUUCCGUAGCAAAUCGCGUUGUAGUUCGUGUGUGCCGAAUUUAACGAUUAUAUGUUUGUGAAUUUGUGAAAAAUUCAGUGUAAUUAGUUGUUGUAAUCGGUAAACUACAUAUACAUACCAGCAUAUAGACAUAUCUAUGAAUAUCACCAGCGCUGCCACUGAGAGAAACGUAAAUUGGUGAAUCGAAGACUCCAAAUAGGCGAGCAGUGAAUCCAUACUUAGUUUCAACGUCAUUAAUGCAUUUUUUCUAGCAAAGCUGAUAAUAUAAUAUUAGAACCGAGAAACCUUAAACCCAAAACGUCAAAAUUUAUUAAAAUAAAAAGAAAUCAUAGCAACACAACUCGCUAAUCUAAGCGAGCGACUGUGCGCGUUACUGCCAAUCACGUCGACGCAACACGUAGUAGUCAUUAGUGUGUGAAACUCGAGUAGCAGCCACAGGAUACCAGACAGCAGACGAGACAGCUGAAAGUAGUUGGAAGGCGUUUUCUGUGCCGCUGGUUGUUGUUGUUCGACAAUCGAAUCACAGCCAGACAGCAGCGAAGCGCUUGCACGCGGUGUGGACGUUGUUGUUGACGUCUCUGCGUGUGGUAUUCUUCGUCGCAUAGCGCGUAGCUCACGAGCACGUGACACAGGCAAACACACAUAGGAACGGAUAGGAUCUGGUGACCGUGACGGCUGGAAGGCGGAGUGACACAUUUAUUUUUUUAGUUUGAUUGCAACGACAUGGCCUGCGUAAAUUGUGAGGGUCUUACCUUCUUCCUAACAUACUCGAUAUUCUCAGCGGUGCUGGGCAUGUUGCAGUUCGGUUACAAUACCGGUGUGAUAAAUGCGCCCGAAAAGAAUAUUGAGAAUUUCAUGAAGGAUGUAUACAAGGAUCGCUAUGGUGAGGAUAUUAGCGAGGAGUUUAUACAACAGCUGUACUCGGUGGCGGUGUCGAUAUUCGCCAUUGGCGGCAUGUUGGGUGGUUUCAGCGGCGGUUGGAUGGCCAAUCGCUUCGGCAGAAAAGGCGGAUUAUUAUUAAAUAAUGUACUUGGCAUAUCGGGUGCUUGUCUAAUGGGUUUUACCAAAGUUAGUCAUUCCUAUGAAAUGUUAUUCCUUGGCCGAUUUAUUAUUGGUGUUAAUUGCGGUCUUAAUACAUCAUUGGUGCCAAUGUACAUCUCCGAAAUAGCGCCACUGAACUUACGCGGUGGAUUAGGUACUGUAAAUCAAUUGGCUGUGACAAUAGGUUUACUACUAUCCCAAGUGUUGGGAAUCGAACAAAUUUUAGGAACUAAUGAAGGCUGGCCAAUUUUACUUGGUCUAGCCAUAUGUCCAGCAAUAUUGCAAUUAAUAUUACUGCCGGUAUGCCCGGAAUCGCCCAGAUAUCUGCUUAUAACGAAACAAUGGGAGGAGGAAGCCCGAAGAGCGUUACGACGACUACGUGCCUCUAGUUCGGUUGAGGAAGACAUCGAAGAGAUGCGCGCCGAAGAACGCGCUCAACAAUCCGAAAGCCACAUCUCCACCAUGGAGCUCAUCUGUUCGCCCACACUGCGACCGCCAUUGAUUAUCGGCAUUGUUAUGCAGCUGAGUCAGCAAUUUAGCGGUAUCAAUGCGGUACUCUACUACUCGACAUCGCUAUUCAUGAGCUCCGGCCUGACGGAGGAGAGCGCCAAAUUCUCAACGAUAGGCAUCGGCGCCAUAAUGUUACUAAUGACGCUCGUCUCAAUACCGUUAAUGGAUCGCACCGGUCGUCGAACACUCCAUCUAUACGGUUUAGGUGGCAUGUUCAUAUUCUCGAUAUUCAUAACGAUUUCAUUUUUAAUUAAGGAAAUGAUCGAUUGGAUGUCGUAUCUGUCGGUGGUGUCAACGCUCGGCUUUGUCGUCUUCUUCGCCGUGGGACCCGGCUCCAUACCGUGGAUGAUCACGGCGGAAUUGUUCUCGCAAGGCCCAAGACCCAGCGCGAUGGCGAUCGCUGUACUAGUCAAUUGGAUGGCGAACUUUGUUGUCGGCAUUGGUUUCCCCAGUAUGAAGGCUGAAUUGGAGAAUUACACGUUCUUGCCAUUUAGCGUCUUCUUAGCUAUAUUUUGGAUAUUCACCUACAAGAAGGUUCCUGAGACUAAGAAUAAGACAUUCGAGGAGAUAUGCGCGCUGUUCCGCCACGGAAAUGGAAGGAGUAUGCUAAACUGCACAAAUAGCUUGGAGCCACAAAGUAUGAAUUCUGGCAUCGAACAUGCCGCAUUGAUGGUAUCUGAGGAAAAGACCCAACAUGACUCACCUGCAUCCGAGCGUUGUUUAGAAGGCGGCCGAAAUACACUCCAGGGCCGGAGCGGUGCCUCUGCGCCCCAUCACCAUCGUCAGCAAAUACCUGUCUGCCCGAACAGCGGGCCUUGACUGAGGAACGCCUCACCUCCUGAAACUGCCAGUGUACAUUCAACGAAUGCUGAACAACACCAAUACCCACAUCAACAACAACAACAACAACACCCAACACAAUCGAAAACAUCACGCCAACAGCAACAACAACAACAGCAGCAACAGUCACAGCAACAUCAUCACGUACAUUGUAGCUAUGAUAAGGAUAUUGUAUGUGACGACACGCAAGCGCACCUGCAGCAAUUGCAACAGCAACAGCAGCAACAACAACAGCACGGCGAUCAGCCAUAUAUGCACCAGCCAACUCACUGUCACAGCCACAUUGCUUACGCGGAACCGCUUCAACAAUCCACCACCACACCGACGCCACACCGCCACCAAGCGCAACGCAAGCACAGCCACAGUCCACACCAUAGUCGCCAUACAUCGCCACACAGUCAUCACUCGCACAGCCAGCACUCAUCACCGCAUCAGUCGCAUCAUCACAUGCACGAAACCGAUUCGCUGCCGCGUUCAUCCCUAACGCAUCCACCACGUCCUCACGCAGGCAAUGCGCCAACCUCAUCCACGCAUCAUCCACAUCAGCAUCAUCAGCAUAAUCAUCGGCGCCGACGUUCGCGUCACAGUCAUCAACAGAAUGGAAAUGGUACAGGUAAUGGUAAUGCAGGAGGCGGAGGCGGCAGCGGUAACUCAAGCUUACAUGGUCCACAUGGACAUAGCCAGCAUAGCGAACCGCGUUCCUCAAAUCGGCAUCACAGCCACACACAUGGCAGCAGCUGCACACGACGUCAUCGCUCAGCCACAGAUAUUUCCAGCACCUCGCUGAACACGUGCCAUGAUCCAACCUGUGUGGAUCGUGAGGUGCAAGAGAUCUUGGUGCGCAAGACCUGUUGCAACUCUUCGCGCACUGAGCUCGCGCAAUAUUUCGCAGAGGACCUGUAUGGUUCCACACGUCGCCCUUCGUCGUGUUGCACGUCUUCGGAUUAUUGCUAUCAGACCGAUUCGACUAGUCUGUAUGGCUCACGUUCAUCGCUCAGUCGCAAUAACUCCAUUAAGUCGGCAUCGGUUGCGUUGCGUAAACGUCGUUUGCACCAGCGACAACCCAGUUACACAUCGAUUUCAUUGCGUGGCUUAAACGCUGGCCGUCCAAGCAGUCAGCCCGGCUCACUAACUUCCGUUUUCGAUCGUGCCAAACAGAUGGGUAUCGAUGCCGCCGAUUUGGACAAACGCGGUAGUGGCGGCAAAAUUGUGGUUUCGCCGUCAAAGGUGACCAUCGAACGACAAACAUCAAAGGAUGCGCUGAGCAAUGAUCUGCCCGAAUAUGCGUGCUCGCCGUCACCAAUACGUUGGAGCUUCCUGGCCGAUGGUAAGUCACCUACCGAAUUCGAACGCGCAGUGAGCGAGCUGGACACCAAAGAUCCGUGGACUUCGGCGGAUGAGCAAACGCGUAUGCCACGCGAACCGAAGCCAACUAAGUGUGAGCACCGCAGUGAACAUCGCAGUGAGCAUCGUUCGUACACCAUGCAGCACAGCAGCCGCAAGCACACGCACGAUGAGCGCCCAAGCACUUCGGCAGCAGCGGCGGCGCGCAAAUGUCGCGAAAGCCCAUUGAACUGUGAUUUUGAGGAGACAUCAACCACAGUGCUUUUCCAUCAGGAGGCAGACUCCUACAAUAACUGUUGCAAUAACUACAUCCAAUGUAACACCUACCUCGAUCAAGAUCUGCAGAUCACCAGCGAAGACAUACAUCAAUAUCUCUCGAAGGGCAAUCAACAGUCCAACGAUGUGUUGAACAAUUCUAAAAAUUAUCCAUUCCAACCAAGCAAUGCCUUGGAAUUCCAGUAUAAAAACAAUUUCGCCAACAAUAAUACCGGUGCUGCCUCCUCGGAGGGUGGUGACAGCGUACGCGGUUACGAAUUCUGUUUUCGACGCAACUCCAGCAAAGAGACAAAUCUAAAUCAGAAUUCAAACGUUGCUGCUGGCACAGCCAUUGGCGAGUCUGAGGGCGCCACAGCCUGUGCCGCGUCCUCAUGCAGCAGCACACCGCUCUCACCAACCAACAUCAACCUCUCGUCUAGCACGAAUAAUAUUAAUAUCGUCUUCGGCAACUACACCGAACGCAACGCCAACGAAGUCAAGUUCAUUAACACCACACGCGGCGGUGAUACAGUUGCGGUCUCAAGCGAGGCGCAUCACAGCGGGUACUUGCCAUACACCUACCCAAGCUACGACUACACAAACAUGUCGGCAAACUCACAGUUUGACAAGCCGCUAGGCAUUGGUGAGCUACCCAAAGACUUCACUAGCACUGCCGGCAGUGCUGCUGCUGCCGAGGAGGAAGGCGCAAUUGGUGGUUGCUCCAGCGCCACUUGUGGCUCGCCAACGAUCACCGCCACAAGCGAUGAUCAUCACUCAUCCCUACUGCAAUCGCCUGUACCGACUGGUGUCUCUUUCGAAUCAUUCGAUGCUGCUUCCGAUCACAAUUUGAUAUCGUGUCGUGGCAGCUGCCAAUUUUCACCAACACCACGUUCACCACUAUCGCCUGCAUCGCCAGCCUCUUCACCAUGUUUGUCGGCCUCCAUCAAUCCGGCUGCCGCUUCCUAUGUGAACGCACAUCAUCCAUAUUUUCAUUAUCAGGCGCAUGGCGCCGAUCAACAGCACUCACCCAACAGCGGUGCACAUCAUCAUUAUCACAAUCACCAGCAAUAUCAUCAUCAUCAACAUCAGCAUUUCACCGAAAGCUUUAAGAUCAGCAAUGCUUUCAAAAAGGUGCGCAAGCGUGCACGCAAAUAUACCGAUUUCCUGCGCAAGAAGUGAGCUAGCCGAUCGAACGACCCAACGAUCGAUGUGCGCUGAGCAGUUUUCGUAGACAGCAAACGUGCAUCGAUCGUUUGUCAGCACACAUCCAACAACACACUUGGAUCGUUUGAACGACGCUUUGCUAGCGCGAAGUAAUUGUAAAAGUUUGCUAUGUGUAUACGUGUCUCUAUUUUGUGCAGAUUCUCCCUACUUCGGCAAACGGUAUGUGGUCGUGGCGCUCAACCGACGCGCCUUUAGUUUGGACGAGGCUGGCAAUUGAAGUCGCGGCAGCUGUAGCACGAAGUGUAAUGGAGCUUUCGACGAGCUUUCACUUACUUUUGUGCUGAUUUUCAAACUGAGCGCGUACUACAGUUAUGUGCUAAGAGUUCUGGAUUCAUUGACUCCCAAGUGGCGGUUGGCAUAAACAUAAAGCGUAACUGUGCGGCCAACAAGCUUUCAUUUUAUUUCAUACUGAUUUUGAAAGUGUUCCUGCUCUACCGUUAUGUGAUCUAGUUCCAGAUCUAACGACUUCCAGCACGUUUUAUGGCUACAGUUGGCGCUCGGGCGACCUAUCUUCACUCAUCCAUGGCAUGUAUUUGAACUUAAGCAAUCAAUUAGCGUUCCUUGGUGUUACACAAUCAAGCUUGAUCUUCGCAAUCAAGCAGCAGGCGUCAAGCGUAUGGCGUGCGGUGAGCGGCUGACAUUCGAAAUACAAAAACAAACCUACAUACAUACAUACAUACAUAUGUCAAUAUGUAUUUUGUAUCAAUCUUGAAAAGCAAUAAAGCGCAGUAAGCUGUAGAUAAGUAUUGAAAAAUAGAAAAAGAAGAAUAAGAAGAAGCAGAAGAGUGUCUACUAAUGUACACAAUACUUGGGUAGGUGCGGCGUGUUAUCCCGUUAUUUGAAUUGAGUGUAAGGACCUAGAAGCAUAAGCAGACGUAAAUUAUUUACUUUGUUCACUGCCAAACAAAACAAAAUCUAACUGUAAAACAGAAAACCAAAAA